AUGCCUAUUGAGACUGAUUUGAAGAGAGCGUAUAAGACUCUUUACGAUGAUAAGAACCCGUUGCAGGCUUUAGAGGAUUACGAUACUAUAUUAAAGAACAAUUCACAAAAUAUAACUGCAUUGGUCUAUAAAGCUGCUUCACUGGAGAAACUGUACUAUGGAUUCGCUGAUUGGCACAAUGAGGAAACUUUAGACGGAGCAAAGUCAAGUUUACAGCUAGCCUUGGAAAUUGCAAAGAAUAGAGGAUCUAAAUCAAAGAUAGGUUUUGUUAAUUUCAGAUUUUUCAUACACUAUUUCAAUAAUAAGGAAUACGACGAGGCAAACAAGUUCUUUCAGGAUGCAAAGGCGCAUGGUUACACGGAUCCUACGGUACACAUGUGGGAAGACCGCCUAAAUACAAAAUUGAAGAAACUUGCCAAGAAGAAAGGGGCCACUGUCACUGGGGUGGAUAUAAAUAGGAAAUCUGACUCUGAGGGCAUGUCUUCUGCAAUGAAAGACGCUUCUAAUAUUGCAGCUUCUAAUGCUGGAAUACCAAUACAGAAUCUGGCCUUGCCUGCAACAAACAAUUCAGUUCCACUUCCACAGCCACAAGAUACACCAAAGUUUAGAACUGACUGGUACCAGACCUCAAAUUCAAUAACCUUGUCUUUGUUCACAACUAACCUGCCACCCAAAGAAAGUGACGUAAAUGUAACUAUUUCACGGGAUCAGCAUCUUUCGGUUUCAUUCAAUAUUCCGGAUACAGGUUCUGAAUUCCAAUACAAUGUGAAAUUAGCAAAGGAAGUUGUCUCAACUGAUAUCAAGAUUAAAAUAUUCACUAAAAAAUUAGAAAUAACUUUAGCUAAAAAGGACAACUCUCAAUGGAAUUCAUUAGAAGGUACAUCGGAUGACAGUGACGUUAACAACAAUGACACAACACUAAACUAUCCUACAUCCUCUAAAAGGGCUAUAGAUUGGUCAAAAUUAAACAUAGAUGAUGAAGAUGAUAACGAAGAACAGGGGGGUAGUGUUGAUGGCUUUUUCCAAAAGUUGUACAAAGACGCGGACCCAGAUACUAGAAGAGCAAUGAUGAAGUCAUUUGUUGAAAGUAAUGGUACUGCAUUGAAUACAAAUUGGGAUGAUGUUAAAGAAAAAUCGGUUGAAACAUCACCACCAGAGGGUAUGGAGGUUAAGCAUUGGUAA